UAUGCCAGAUUACAUAGAAUUUGCCUUAAAAUAUAAAGAUAUAUGCAAAUGCCAAUUUAUAUAUAUUAAAGAGGCUCAUUUUCUUGAAACAGAUGAGUAAGGCAAAUUCAUAGAUGGAUGGCCUAGAGGAUAUUUCGGCUUUGAGUAUCCAUAGCAUAAGAGCCAAGAAUAACGACUUUAAAUGGCAUAAAUUCUCAAAACUAAAUAUAAUAUUCCAGAUGAAUUUCCUAUUUAUCAAGAUAUCUAUCCUUAAAAUCUAUUUGAUGAAUCAUUUGGUAUUUGGCCAGAUAAUUUAUGUGUUUUUAAAGAUGGUAAAUUAAUUUAUAGAGGUAUCAUUAAUUUGGAUGGAACAAGAAAAGAAAGCCAUUCAAAAGAAUUAGAAGAAUGGCUUGAUAACUUUAAAUAUUGA